ACUUGCGAAGGACAUAUGGAACUACUUCGCAGGUCUGCUUUAGUCUCAGAAACGUUUGCGUUUGGUUUCAAAAUGUUUCUGCCAGGAGUUAUAGGCUUUAUUUUUUUCUUGGGAAUAUCGACAUCUGUACCUAUUGACGCUCCUAAAAUAAAGCCAGUGGAUUUAUCAUAUAGCUGUAUGAAAAUAACUUUAGGUGAGGAGACAGAAGAAAAAGCUCCUGUAAUUUUGAUACACGGAGUAUUAGGUUCAAAAGAGGUAUGGAGAGGUUUCCAGGAGCAUCUCUGUUUAAAAACAGGCAGAAAGGUAUGCGCGCCUGACUUGCGAAACCAUGGAGAUAGUCCUUGGGAUGAUCGCAGCGACGUUGCUGCUAUGUCAGAAGACAUUGUGGAACUUAUGGACAAUCUUCGUAUGUCAAAAGCCGUUUUACUAGGACUUAGCCUUGGAGGAAAAGUGGCAGUACAUGUAUCUUUGGAAAAUCCUGACAGAGUUGAAAAAGUGAUUGUCGGGGACAUGAGACCAAACGGCGUAAGUAAGGGUGCUUUAACUGACAUAAAACACACUGUAGCGUUGCUGAAUGAAUCACUAAAAAUUAUUCCUGAAAAUGCUGAUGAGAAAAGUGCUAAAAAGGCAGUGCUUACUUUCAUAAACAGUCAGUUACGAAAGGCCAAUCUGACAGAAUUACGGAAGGAAUCAGAUGCGGACCUCUUACCUUUGACUUGCUCAGACGGCAAAUGUCGAUGGAAAUUCAAUAUGAAAGUGCUGGCUAGGGUCGCAAACAAUCCUUUAGCUCAACUUACCAACAGCACAGGGGUAUACAACGGGCCAGCGUUAUUUGCAUAUGGCACCGAAUCGCCGUUUAAAGUAGGGGAAGUUGAACCAGAAAUUAAACAGCUAUUUCCAAAUGCCAAACUUUUUCCAAUAAAGGGUGCAGGACACAACGUCGGUUCUUACAAUGAAUUCAAGGAAGAAGUUCUCACUUUUAUCAAUUCUGAUGAAGCAUCCGAAUAACUAUGUAUAUAAACUGUUCCUUAUAAAUAAUAAAUGAAUGAAUUAAAACCUUUG